AUGAUAGCCCCAACCUCUGAUCACUGGAUGGUGAAAAGGCAGAUUGUGGUGCCACGGGUGUAUAGGAAGAAAAUUUUGGAGAUGGCACACGAAGGUAAUCUGGCAGGACACCUGGGGGUCACAAAAAACCCUAGGAAAAAUCGUGUGUCAUUUUUACUGGCCCAGAGUGAGAGGUUUCCUGAGGCCAUUCCCCUCAGGAGUAUAAACUCUAAAAACAUUGUGAGGGAACUGGCGAAAUUUUUCUCCUGGGUAGGAAUUCCUAAGGUGUUGCAGUCCGACCAAGGAAGUAAUUUCACUUCUCGCACGUUCAAGGAAAUCUUAAGGGGUCUAAAGAUUGAACAGAGACUGUCGAGUGCUUAUCAUCCUCAGUCUCAGGGUUGUGUAGAAAGAUUUCACCAAACUCUUAAAAACACUCUCAGGAUGUAUUGUGAGGAGAUGAGUGUUGAAUGGGAUGAGGCAUUGCCACUAGCCUUGUUCGCAUUAAGGGACAGUGUGCAAGAGUCAACUGGUUUCAGCCCAUUUGAGUUAGUGAAUGGGCAUGAGGUGAACGGUCUUUUAAGGAUGGUGAAAGAAAAAUGGUUAGGAGCAGAGGAGCCUCCUACUGUGGUGAAGUAUGUAUCUGAUUUCAAGGACAGAGUGAUGAGGGCUAGGGAAAUUGCUCGGGAAAAUUUGAAAAAUAGUCAGAGUGAGAUGAAAGGCUGGUAUGACAAGAAGGCGAGGGCCAGAUCUUUCCAGCCUGGGGACAAGGGUGAUCCUUUCAAAGCCAGGUUCAGCGAGCCUUGGGAGAUUGAGAGGAAAAUGAGUGAUGUGAAUUACAUUGUAAGAACUCCAGGGAGGAAGAAAAAGAACCAGUUGUGUCAUGUAAACAUGUUGAAGCCAUUUCAUGAAAGGGACAGAGAAAAUGGAGGUGAUGUAGUAGAAGGAGUAAGAACUGUGAGUGUUGUAAAUGUAACCACUGAGGCGGAAGAGAAGUGGUCUGAAGUGAAACUGAGCAGGUGUGAAGGGAUGGUGCUAGAGAACUCAGCUGCGUUAGGGAAUUUAAAUGAUAAACUGGGGCACAUGGAGGUAGAAAAGAAGGAGAGGAAUAAGGAGAUAAUUGAAAGAUUCAAUUCUGUGUUCCCUGAUGCACCUAGAAAAACGAAUGUGGUGGUGCACGAUGUGGAUGUUGGGGAGGCUGAACCCAUCAAACAGCAUCCCUGCAGAGUUAACCCGCAGAAAAGAGAGAUCAUGAGAAAAGCAGUAGAGUAUAUGCUGGAACACGACUUGAUUAAGCCCAGUGAGAGCCCAUGGAACUCGCCAUGUGUACUGGUGGCCAAGCCUGGUCAAGAGAGUUUCCGUUUUUGUACGGACUAUAGGAGGGUUAACAUGGUGACAAAACCUGAUGCUUACCUUAUCCCUAGAGUUGAUGAUUGUAUAGAUCAUGUGGGAGGUGCCAACUUCAUAACAAAAAUUGACUUGUUAAAGGGAUACUGGCAAGUAGGACUCACUGAGAGGGCAAAAGCCAUAUCGGCGUUUGUCACCAUGGAUGGAUUAUAUCAGUACAAAAGUUGGGAAGGGUAUGUGCAGCUUCUGGAGGAAGUGUUCAGGAGGCUGGAUGAUGCCAACCUUACUGUCAACUUAGCAAAAAGUAAUUUCGUGCAAGCUGACGUGGAGUACUUAGGUGUCAGGGUUGGGAGAGGUGAAGUGAGAACCGUGGAAGCCAAGGUGAAAGACGUUGUAAAUCUCCCUCCACCCACCAAUAGGAAGGAGAUACUGAGAUUCUUAGGGGCCAGUGGAUACUACAGGCGAUUUUGUAAAAAUUUCUCUGAUGUUGCCAUGCCCCUGACCAAGUUGCUGAAUAAGUCAAAAUUUUGUUGGGAUAAGCAUUGUGAGGAAGCUUUUGUGGAGAUUAAGGAAAUGUUAGUCAGUGCCCCAGUGCUCCGCAUGCCUAAUUAUGAAAAACCAUUUGUAAUGUAUCUGGAUGCCAGUCAGAAUGGUGACUAUGACUUAGAGAUUUACCAUGUAAAAGGCAGUGAGAAUAUAAUUGCCGAUGCCUUGUCCCGCGCACCAUCUAGUCGUGAGACAUCCUAA